AAACAGCCAUGAUUCUUAAACUUGAGUUUUUAGAGGGAAAAUCUUUCAGUUAAUGCUCCCAACUCAACAACUAAAUUCUUCAUGCUUUCUACCAGAUUCAAUGGAGUUUUCAAGAAAUCUUCUUCAUCCAUUUCCUCUAUUCUCUCUUCUCAUUUCUUCACUUUCAGACCAAUCUCUCUCCAAACUCAUCCUAAUUAUCCUCCACCAUCUUCACCAUCACCCCAAUCUCUUGUCAAAAAAGUCUGUUUACAAGUCAUUCAGUCAUACCACCAACCAACCCACCUUAGAUUUUCACCUCCAAAGCUGAAUCUUGACAUUGAUGCUGCGUCUUUGUCAAAUGAUCAGGUCAUUACCAUUGUUGCUUCGCUCGCCGACGACGCGGGUUCGAUUGUUGCAUUAGGAUUCUUGGAUUGGGCAAUUGGGUAUUCUAGAUUUCGUUAUUUUAUGCGCCUUUAUAUUGUUGCUGCAUCUUGUUUGAUUAGUAAUGAGAAUUUUGAAAAAGCCCAUGAAUUAAUGGUUCAUAUGGUGAGGAAUUUUGCUGAGAUUGGGAGGUUUAAUGAGGCUGUUAGUAUGGUUAUUGAGAUGCAUAAUCAGGGUUUGGUUCCGAAUACUCAUACUUUGAAUUGUAUUCUAAAGAUUGCUUGUGAAAUUUGUUCGGUUGAAUAUGCAGAGUACGUGUUCGAUGAAAUGUGUAAGAGAGGUGUGCACGCGGAUUGUGUUAGCUAUGUUAUCAUGGUUGUAGGUUAUUGUAGGAUAAGGAGGAUUUCCGAGGUGGAUAAGUGGUUGGGUAGAAUGAUCGAACGGAAGUUUGUUGUUGAUAACGCGACGUGUACCUUGGUGAUCAGUAUGUUUUGCUCUGUGGGUAAUGUAAACAGGGCAUUUUGGUUCUUUAAUAGAAUGAUGGAGAUGGGAUUUACCCCGAAUCUAAUUAAUUACACGUGUUUGGUUGAUGGGUUAUGUAAGAAGGGUAGUAUUAAGCAAGCGUUUGAAUUGUUGGAGGAAAUGGUUAGGAGAGGAUGGAAACCGAAUGUCUAUACACAUACUACAUUGAUUGAUGGACUUUGUAAGAAGGGAUGGACAGAAAAGGCAUUUAGGCUGUUCCUUAAGCUUGUUCGGAGUGAUAACUAUAAGCCGAAUGAGUGCACUUAUACAGCCAUGAUCAAUGGGUACUGCAAGGAGGGUAAAUUGAAUCGGGCUGAGAUGUUACUUGGCCGAAUGAGAGAACAAGGAUUGGUACCCAAUGUUGACACCUAUACAACCCUCAUUGAUGGGUACUGUAAAGCAGGAAAUUUUGAAAGAGCAUAUAGUUACAUGGAUAUUAUGAGGAAAGAAGAGUUGGCUCCUAAUAUUUAUACCUAUAAUGCCAUUAUGAGUGGCCUCUGCAAGAAGGGGAGGUUUGAGGAAGCAUGGGAACUGCUCGAGGAGGGUACUGAAUUAGGGCUGCGAGCUGAUAGAGUCACUUACACGAUUCUCAUGUCUGCUUCAGCGAAGCGCAAUGAUGCUAAAGAAGCCUCAGCAUGGCUUUGUAAGAUGACUAAAGCGGGCUUUAAGCCUGAUAUAUACACAUGUAAUAUCCUAAUUGCCUUGUUCUGUAGGCAGAAAUUAAUGGCGGAUAGUGAGUGGUGGUUUGGAGAGGCUAUCAAGCUUGGCCUUGUUCCAACUAAGGAAACCUACACUUCCAUGAUAUGUGGAUAUUGCGGAGUGGGUAAUAUCAACUCAGCCAUCAAGUUUUUCCAUCAAAUGAAUGACCAUCAUUGUUUUCCAGAUAGUUUUACUUAUGGUGCUUUAAUAAGUGGACUAUGCAAAGACGAGAAACUUGAAGAAGCUCACAAGCUAUAUGCAACCAUGAUUGACAAAGGACUGUCACCUUGUGAAGUUACUCGGCUUACUCUAUGUUAUGAGUAUUGCAAAAACAAUGAUAUAAACCAUGCUUUUAGUGUCUUGGAACGGCUGGAGAAAAGGCUCUGGAUCCGGACAGUGAAUACAUUGGUAAGGAAGCUUUGUAGUGAUGGGAGAGUAGAGAUGGCGGCAUUGUUCCUUGAAAAGCUGUUGGAUAAGCAGCAAAAUGUUGAUCGUGUUAGUGUAGCAGCAUUUAUGACUGCUUGUUAUGAAAAUGACAAGUACGAACUUGUUUCAGCUUUCUCUGAGAGGCUUUUACUGAAAGAUUCUCCGAAAGAUCAAAAAGAAAUUAAUGAAAUUUGAAAUUUCCAUUGUCGGGACUCUGAUGAAAGUUUAGUUCUCUACAUCAGAUUAAUGCUGAAGACUAAGGUCUAGUUGUUUGGCUAUUCAAUUUCAAACUACCAGCAUUUUAUUAAACAGCCAAAACAGUGUAUGAUAAUCAAAUAUGAAGAGAUUAGGUGCAUUGGUGCAGAAUUUAGCUUAUACUUAACAAUUCAUGAUUAAAAUCCAAAGGGAUGAUCCACUCCAUAUCAUCGGCUUAUAGACCAGUGAUAGAAUGACUAAGCCCCCAACAGACAUCAUGUGCACAAUUUUAGGUCCUGUCACAAUAUCAGCAUCACCGCAUGAAUCUUUUGAUGAUCAAAAUAACAGUUGCAGGUUGAGUUGCUGGGAGGAGUGGUUUGCGGACAGCUGAAUGUUUAGCGCUGGAAUGUCGGACACAUUUGGUGACAAUUUACUGUUUGGAUGUUGGUAGAUAGGUUUCAUUCUUUGAUGUUCUGUUAUUGUCAUGGCUGCAUAAUGAGCUUAUGCUUUGGCUCUUAAGCCAUUACACAAUAGAAUAGUUUUGGAUGGUCUAGCAACACCAUACUCUCAAAAUGGAAACAAAAGACCAUGAUACAUUUACGCUUGUACACUUACAGCCUUUAUUUGUUAGUACAUAUUUUAACAAACAAAAUGGAAACAAAAUACACGAUACAUUAACAUAGAUAUUGGUACACAUCUU